GGCUGCCCCGAAGCGGCUGCGAGAUGCGCUCGGAGAAGGAGGCGGCUGGUGGCGCCGGGGCGACCGGGGCUGCAGUGGCAGCUCGAGGCUCGAGUGGGAGGGAGAAGCCGUCAGCGCCCACUCCCCGCGGGGGGCCGGCCAUGGAGGUCCAGUUCCGCUGGGAGUCGCCGCGGCGAGAGCCCGAAAUGCCGUCUGCCUCCGCCUCCAGCUGUAGGGGUGGUGGGGGCGGGGCGGGCAAACCUCGCGAGGAGAAGAGGACGGUUCUGAGCAAGGUUGUCAUACGGCGGCUUCCUCCCAGUCUCACCAAGGAGCAGCUGGACGAGCAGCUACAUCCGCUUCCUGCACACGACUAUUUUGAGUUCUGUACUGCCAAUCUUAGUCUUUAUCCUCAUCUCUACUCAAGAGCAUACAUUAAUUUUAGAAAUCCUGAUGACAUCCUUCUUUUUAGAGAUCGUUUUGAUGGAUAUAUCUUCAUUGACAGUAAAGGGUUAGAAUACCCUGCAGUAGUAGAGUUUGCUCCAUUCCAAAAGAUAUCCAAAAAGAAGCUAAAGAAAAAAGAUGCCAAAACUGGAAGCAUCGAAGAUGAUCCAGACUAUAAGAAGUUUUUAGAAGUGUACUCUAUGGAAGAAGAGAAAACUAGUGCCAAUCCUGAAACUCUUCUGGGAGAGAUAGAGGCAAAGACAAGAGAACUCAUCGCUAGAAGAACCACACCUCUUUUGGAGUACAUUAAAAAUAGAAAAUUAGAAAAGCAGCGAAUUCGAGAAGAGAAGCGAGAAGAACGAAGGAGGAGGGAGUUAGAAAAGAAACGCUUGCGGGAAGAGGAGAAAAGAAAAAGAAGAGAAGAAGAAAGAUAUAAAAGAAAAGAGGCAGACAAACAAAAGAAAAUUGUUGAGAAAGAAAUAAGGAUCAAGCCUGCUUUAGGUAUCAAGCUUAUACCGGCUUCAUGGAAAGAGUUUGGUGUUGCCAAUCCCCGUCCCAAAAUGGCUACAGUGAGCGAAUGCUCUAGAUGUAGUCAGCUUCUUAAGAAACCAGAAAAGGGAGAGGAGCCAGCCACAGAGAAACCAAAAGAAAGAGGAGAGGAAAUUGAUAUUGGAGAUGGAGAAUGGGAAAAAUUUCCUAGCUGUGCAGUCAUAAAAUCCAAGCGCUUAGAAAGCUCACUGAAGGAGCUCAAGGAAAAGAGACCUGGGAAGGGAGGAGGAAAAAAGGAUAUGAAAUAUACCCAAAUCGGUCCCCAAAGACUUGAGUUGAUUAGGACCGGCCAGCCAUGCAGUUAUACCAGCCAGGCGCUCGCACCCGAGCCCGUUUGGGCUCUACAAGUAACGCCUGUGAGUGUGGUGGGAGACCCGCCGAGGAGAGCGGUGAUGGGAGGAAGCGUGAGGCAGAAGCCUCAACCGGAACUGUGUCUAAGAAGAGCGAAGAGGUGGAGCAAACCCGUGUGUAAGCCAAGCUUGUGAGGGGUGUUCACUUCCUGUUCAGUUUUCCAGAGAUUAGAAGGGGAUUUCCUGACGUAUAUCAGUCACCCUAGGAUAUAACCUAGGGUGCAAGGUAAAUGUAUCCCUUACAAGGAGACUAGAAAUAGACAAAGGUGGCUUACAAACAUCUAGAAACCAUCCUUAAGAAAGAAGUGUUUUGUUUUUUUUAAUUGAGAAGAAUUGUUCCUGGUUUCCCGUUUCCAGAAUAAACUCGUGUUUACUGUUUAGCCAAAAUAGAGAAAAUGAUCUCUUUUGAAAAGUAUGACCAAAACAGGGAAGAAAAUUAGUAUUGUGUGAAUGUGAAUUCAGAAGCCCUGUAUACAUUGUAGGAAUAAUUUGCAUGUUGUGUUUUACACAUUUGUAGGCGUAUCAUCUGUAGGAAUUGUAUCUCAUUGUACUUCUUGUUAGUUUUCUAUAAGCCAUAGUGUCAGUGAGGUGAGCAAUUCUCAUUUCAUUUUAUUCUUUGUAAUCACCCACUUCUGCACCUUCUGUUAUAAGCAUCCCCAAGUUUUGUUAUUUUUUAGAAUAGUCCCUCUAAUACAGUCCAUAAUACUCUGUAACAUCCAACAACUUUAAAUUCUUAUUAACGGUUUGGCCAUUGACAUGAAGAACUGUGUAAUGGUCUUUUGAUGUGCUCAUGGUUUAUACCCAUUAUGCUUCUAGGAUUUGCUGAAGAUAACAUAAAUGUCAUUAUUUGGGGGCGGGGAUAACAUAGAUACAGCAUCUAGAAGCUCUCUUUUUACAGUCUGAAGCAGCUUUCUUUUUAAACAAUUUAGUGUAUCCUUCUGAAACUAUGCAAUCUACAGUAUUUUUUUCCUUUUAGUGAAAUGUUUAAAUGUUAUUGUAUUUUUGGCAGUGUGCUUUGAGCCUUUUAUUAAAUAAAAGUUUCUGUUGCUAUGGAUUUUAAGUCGUUAUGGUCAUUUUCCUACAUAGAACUUUACGUAGUAAAAGAUUGCUUUUUAAAAUAUGGCUUUAAUUCUCUGAAUAUUUUGCUGAUUAUAUCCA